AUGAAUUCAUUUAUUGAAAUUAUUUUAACAGCAAAACGAAUGAUAUUUAAUCCAGUCAAGAUGAUUUUAUAUUAUCUUUGGGUUGUAAUUACACGUCAAGAAGAUGAUUGGAUUCAAAAACGAAAACAAUUAGCUGAACAAGAUCUCAAUAAUAAAAAUGAUGAAAUGCCAAAUGAAUUUAUUCAAGGAAUUGCUGUAACUACUCAAGUAUGUUCACCAUCAUUAAUUGUUCGUUCAGCAUUAACAUUACAAUUUUGGAUAUUUUAUUGGAAAUUAGAACGUCUACGUGUUCGAUUAUCACAAAGUCAUCCAACAUAUCUUACACAAGUUGGUCAAAAAGUACCAAAUUCAGCUAAAAUAAUACCAGUCUUAACAGAAAAUAUUAAUGUAUUUAAUAAUGAUUAUUUAAAUAUUGAAACAAUUAGUUUACGUUCAUUAAUUAAACAAGGACGUUAUUUAGUUGUUAAUUUUGCACAUGCAUCAGAUGGAUGGAAAUUUCCUAAUACUCAAUAUAGUUUUAUUAAAACUCAUCAAAAUAUUAAAGAUCGAUUAGAUGCUAUUAAAAUUCUCAUGGAAAUGUCGAAUAUUAAUCAAGAAAGUCAAAUUUCUCUUUAUUCUGAUGCAUUUGAUAAUCAUACAAAUUAUUUAUUUCGUGCAUGGCCCGAAAGAUUGUAUGUUUUACAUAAUGAUAAGAUCUUAUAUCAAGGUCAAAAUGGACCAAGUGGAUAUUCAAUUCCAUCUUUAGAUUAUUUUUUAAAAAAAAAUGUUCCGAUGACGAACUAA